ACGCUGUAAACAAGGCUGCCAUGAUCAAAUUAAGCGUUGCGAAUAUUAUAAUAACACCUAAAUAUCUACCUCCUACAUCUACCUCCAAUACUGGACGUGAUAUUCCUCCAAGUCCAUUCUCUUUCCCUUAAGGCGAUGCAAAAUAUGUACUGUAUGGCACUGUACAUGUAGGAGGUAGUUAACACAAAAGCAGCGCGACCGGUUGGCCCGUGCAUGACGCCCAUGUAUUGAUCUCAUGCUUGAUACUUCAACAUCCAGCCUCAUAAAACUUUCACAGCGUCACUCAAGAUAUUACCAUUCAACCUCUUACUACCGCUGAUUGAUCUAUCACGAACAUUUGCCCACAUUCGUCCACCAAUUUAUGAUGGCCAGGUCAGAAGAGGCGGAGGCUUUCUUCCACGUCGUGUACACCGCCAUACAGCAGAUUCCUUACGGAAAGGUCACAACUUACGGACACAUUGCGAAGCUAAUUGGAACUCCCGAACGACCACGCCAAGUCGGCAUCUGCCUCAAGCAUCUUCCACAAGAUGCAGACUCACGUUUUAACCACGACAACGUCCCAUGGCAGAGGGUUAUCAAUGCCAAGGGCAUGAUCUCGCCCAGAUCACAACCCUCGGGGGCACGAAACCAGGCAGCUGCUCUACGAACCGAGGGCGUUACCGUUACUACUAGCGCGCUGGGCGAACUUAUGGUGGACUUCUCCGAAUGUGGAUGGUUCCCAAACGAAUUACCUUCAGAAGCGGAGGACGACGACGAAUGAUUGAGCUGUUCGUCCUAUUCUUCAAUGAUGAAGCUAGGAUCACGGCAAGAUUCAUAGCCAAAGUACUAGUAGCUAGUUGGUACUUUAUAGCAGUGAGGUGUACUACGGCACUGCUUCUUCUCGGUCUCUGAGAAGCGUAUCUAGAUGAGGUGCCAAAUUAGCAGAAAUUCCCUAACCAAAUACAAAAGGUAGGGGUUAAGUUGACAGAUAUCAGAUAGCGGUUGGACAUAAGCGAUUCCACAUUUAAUUCAGAACAGGUCUGUGAA